AUGACUGCCCCGCCGCCGCGGCCCCGGCCGGCGCCCUGGCUGCUGCCCUGGCUGCCGUGGGCCGUCCUGCUGGUCAGCACCGCGGCCGGCUGUUGGUCUCACAUUGGAGAUCCUGAAGAGUGUCUCCAUGAAGAAUGCAUUGUAACUACCACCCCUCCUUCAAUUCAGAAUGGGACAUAUCGUUUCUGCUGCUGUAGCACAGACUUGUGUAAUGUCAACUUUACUGAGAAUUUUCCACCUCCAGAUACAACACCACUAAGUCCACCUCAUUCAUUUAACCGAGAUGAAACAAUAAUUAUUGCUUUAGCAUCAGUCUCUGUAUUAGCUGUUUUGAUAGUUGCCUUAUGCUUUGGAUACAGGAUGCUGACAGGGGACCGUAAACAAGGUCUGCACAGUAUGAACAUGAUGGAGGCAGCAGCAUCAGAGCCCUCUCUUGACCUAGAUAAUCUGAAACUGUUGGAGCUGAUUGGCCGGGGUCGAUAUGGAGCAGUAUAUAAAGGUUCCUUAGAUGAGCGUCCAGUUGCUGUAAAAAUGUUUUCCUUCACAAACCGUCAGAAUUUUAUCAACGAGAAGAACAUUUACAGAGUGCCUUUGAUGGAACAUGACAACAUUGCUCGCUUUAUAGUUGGAGAUGAGAGAGUCACUGCAGAUGGACGCAUGGAAUAUUUGCUUGUGAUGGAGUACUAUCCCAAUGGAUCACUAUGCAAGUAUCUUAGUCUCCAUACAAGUGAUUGGGUAAGCUCUUGCCGUCUGGCUCAUUCUGUGACUAGAGGACUGGCUUAUCUUCAUACAGAAUUACCACGAGGAGAUCAUUAUAAACCUGCAAUUUCCCAUCGAGAUUUAAACAGCAGAAAUGUCCUGGUGAAAAAUGAUGGAACUUGUGUUAUUAGUGACUUUGGGUUGUCCAUGAGGCUGACUGGAAAUAGACUGGUACGCCCAGGAGAAGAAGAUAACGCAGCCAUAAGUGAGGUUGGUACAAUCAGAUAUAUGGCACCAGAAGUUCUAGAAGGAGCUGUGAACCUAAGGGACUGUGAAUCAGCUUUGAAACAAGUAGACAUGUAUGCUCUUGGACUAAUCUAUUGGGAGAUAUUUAUGAGAUGUACAGACCUCUUCCCAGGUGAAUCUGUACCAGAAUACCAGAUGGCUUUUCAGACAGAAGUUGGAAACCAUCCCACUUUUGAAGAUAUGCAGGUUCUAGUAUCUAGGGAAAAACAGAGACCCAAGUUCCCAGAAGCUUGGAAAGAAAAUAGCCUGGCAGUGAGGUCACUUAAGGAGACAAUCGAAGACUGUUGGGACCAGGAUGCAGAGGCUCGGCUUACUGCACAGUGUGCUGAGGAGAGGAUGGCUGAACUUAUGAUGAUAUGGGAAAGAAACAAAUCUGUGAGCCCAACAGUCAAUCCAAUGUCUACUGCAAUGCAGAAUGAACGCAACCUGUCACACAGUAGGCGUAUGCCAAAGAUUGGCCCUUAUCCAGACUAUUCUUCUUCCUCAUACAUUGAAGACUCUAUCCAUCACACUGACAGCAUUGUGAAGAAUAUUUCCUCUGAGCAUUCAAUGUCUAGCACACCUUUGACCACAGGGGAAAAGAACCGAAACUCAAUUAACUACGAGCGACAGCAAGCACAAGCUCGAAUCCCCAGCCCUGAAACAAGUGUCACCAGCCUGUCCACCAACACAACCACCACCAACACCACUGGCCUCACGCCAAGCACUGGCAUGACCACUAUAUCGGAGAUGCCAUACCCAGAUGAAACAAAUCUUCAUGCCACCAAUGUUUCACAGCCAAUUGGGCCAACCCCUGUCUGCUUACAGUUGACAGAAGAAGACUUGGAGACCAACAAGCUGGACCCUAAAGAAGUUGAUAAGAAUCUCAAGGAAAGUUCUGAUGAGAAUCUCAUGGAGCAUUCUCUUAAGCAGUUCAGUGGGCCAGACCCACUGAGCAGUACUAGUUCUAGCUUGCUUUACCCACUAAUAAAGCUUGCAGUAGAAGUCACUGGGCAGCAGGACUUCACCCAGGCUGCCAAUGGCCAAGCAUGUUUAAUUCCUGAUGUCCCACCUGCUCAGCUCUAUCCUCUCCCCAAGCAACAGAACCUUCCCAAGAGACCUACUAGUUUGCCUUUAAACACCAAAAAUUCAACAAAGGAGCCCCGGCUGAAAUUUGGCAGCAAGCACAAAUCAAACUUGAAACAAGUAGAAACUGGAGUUGCCAAGAUGAACACAAUCAAUGCUGUAGAACCUCAUGUGGCUACGGUUACCAUGAAUGGGGUGGCAGGUAGAAACCACAAUGUUAACUCCCAUGCUGCCACUGCUCAGUAUGCUAAUGGGACGAUAUCGUCUGGCCAGACAGCCAACACAGUGGCACAUAGGGCCCAAGAAAUGCUGCAGAAUCAGUUCAUUGGUGAGGACACCAGGCUGAAUAUUAAUUCCAGUCCUGAUGAGCAUGAACCUCUAUUGAGGCGUGAGCAGCAGGCUGGCCACGAUGAAGGUGUUCUGGAUCGCCUUGUGGACAGGAGGGAACGGCCGCUGGAAGGUGGCCGAACUAAUUCCAAUAACAACAACAGUAAUCCAUGUUUAGAGCAAGAUGUUCUUACACAGGGUGUCCCAAGCACAGUAGCAGAUCCUGUACCUACAAAACCCAGAAGAGCACAGAGACCUAAUUCUUUAGAUCUUUCAGCCACAAAUAUCCUUGAUGGCAGCGAUUUGCAAUUAGGUGAGUCAACACAAGAUGGCAAAUCAGGAUCUGGUGAAAAGAUCAAGAAACGUGUGAAAACUCCGUAUUCUCUUAAGCGGUGGCGCCCCUCCACCUGGGUUAUCUCCACCGAACAACUGGACUGUGAGGUCAACAACAAUGGCAGUGACAGGGCAGGCCAUUCCAAAUCUAGCACCACCGUGUACCUUGCAGAAGGAGGCACUGCCACAACCAUGGUGUCUAAAGAUAUAGGAAUGAAUUGUCUGUGA